UUCCUGACUUACGACCCUGAUGUUUUAACUGUUAACAUUUAUGCAGCUGAGGAUUGGUUAAAACCUAGUGUAAUAUUGGAGGCAUUUCAAGCAAGGGCUGCUAGGAUGUCUGUUGCCUGUGCUGAAAAUCUAAGCAAAUUUUCAAUCCCAGAAGAAGGCUUUGCACAACUCUCUGCUGAUUUGCUAGAGGUAGCUAUCGCUCACUGUCAGUUGAUUGUUGUAACAAAAUUCAUUGAGAAGUUGCAACAAGACAUACCAGGGAAGGGGGUGAAGGUACAGCUGGAGGCACUGUGUAAUAUUUAUGCCCUGUCACUGCUUCAUAAGUGCCAGGGGGAUUUCCUUUCGACUGGAUGCAUCAGCCCCAAGCAAGCAUCUCUUGUAAAUGGGCAGCUUAGAUCUUUGUACUCUCAGGUUCGUCCAAAUGCCAUUGCCUUGGUUGAUGCAUUUAACUAUACUGACCAUUACCUUGGCUCUGCUCUUGGACGUUAUGAUGGAAAUGUGUAUCCUAAACUGUAUGAGGAAGCUUGGAAAGAACCGCUCAAUGAUAGUGUUGUUCCAGAUGGUUACCAUGAGUACAUUAGGCCCCUGCUGAAGCAGCAACUCCGGACAGCAAGACUCUGAUUCCCAAAAAAUAUUCUUUAUGGGAUUAGUUACAUUAUCUUUUUUUACUGCUGCGAAUAAGAGCUUUAGGAGCAACCCCACACUCCAACCCAGUGGCAUUUUGUUGGACUUGAGAUGCAGUGAACUUGCAACAAACAAACCAUUAUCUGCGAUUCUGUAGUAUAGCACCAUAGCUCUAAUCAUCUGUAAUAUGGGAUUGACCGAUAUUUCCUUUGCAGAAUUGAAGGGAAAUGUUUUAUUCCUUUAUAUAUGAUUUGGAGGUUUACUAGCUGCUGUAUUAUUAUACUGAAUGUUUUUUUUGGAAAAAUGUUUUUCUACUGAAUGAAAUUACUCUUUUUAUUAA